AUGGGAUAUCCUGACACAUUCACCGGGUUCUGCGUCGACGGCCCGAAAUCGUGGAACAAGUUCCACAAAGUCGAAUUGAAGCCCAAGCCAUUCGGCGAUGAUGACAUUGACGUCCAGAUCGAAGCCUGCAGCAUCUGCAGCUCCGACCUUCACACCAUCACCGGCGGCUGGGGCGAGUACGCCGGACCGCUGUGCGUCGGGCACGAGGUCGUGGGCAAGGCCGUCAAGGUCGGCAAGCACGUCAGCGGGAUCGAGGUCGGCGACCGCGUCGGCGUCGGCGCCCAGGUAUGGUCGUGUCUCGAGUGCGACCUCUGCAAGGACCGCAACGAGAACUACUGCCCGCGGCUGGUCGACACCUACAACGCGCAGUACGAGGACGGCAGCCAAGCCCACGGCGGCCUCGCCUCGCACAUACGCGCCCACGCCUACUUCACCUUCCGGAUCCCCGACGAGCUGGAGACGGACGCGGCGGCACCGCUGCUCUGCGCGGGCAUCACGACGUACUCGCCGCUCGUGCGCGCGGGCGUUGGGCCCGGCAAGCGCGUCGGCGUCGUCGGCGUCGGCGGCCUCGGCCACCUCGGCCUGCAGUGGGCCGCCGCCCUCGGCGCCGAGACGUACGCGCUCACCCACUCGCCCUCCAAGGUCCGGGACUGCGAGGCCCUCGGCGCGCGCGGCGUCAUCCUCACCACCGAGGACGGCUGGAACGAGCCUUGGAAGGCCAAGUUCGACUUCGUCCUCAACUGCGCCGACGCCACCGACAAGUUCGACAUGUCCACCUACCUGUCCAUCGUGAAGCCGACCGGCGACUUCCACAUGGUCGGCAUCCCCGACAAGCCGCUCCCGCAGAUGUCGGCCGGGCUGUUUGCCGGCGGCGCCCCGAAGCUGACGGGCAGUCACCUCGGGAACCGCCAGGAGAUGGAGGCGCUUCUCAAGCUCGCGGCGGAAAAGGGGGUCAGGCCUUGGGUCGAGAAGAUGCCGAUUUCUGCAGAGUCGUGCGGCAAGGCUGUGGAGAUGCAGCGCGACAACAAGUUCCGCUACCGUUGCACCCUGACCAGCUUUGACGAGGCGUUUGGAAGGGCAGAAUGA